CAAGGUAACUACUAUACUCGGGGUACGUUUUAUUCCAUAUCCAUAUCCUGAAUUGAUUUUUUUUCGAGCCUUGUAAUUGGCCUCCUCGCUCCAAUCCUCCUUCAGACAUAAUCUCCAACCCCACCUAUAUCAUAUUUUAACGCGUAUCGCUCAGCAGGCACUGCAUUUCAUCGCGACAGGGAGAGCCCAAGAAGACAGAGAACGGUCCUUACUACGAACCCAAAGUCAACAUGUCCUGGUUCCAGAAAACCUUUUCUCUCAAGCCGAAGUCCCGCGGCUCGUACCUGAUCACCCAAGAGGUUACAGAUCAACUUCCUGAGAUCGAAGAUUACGAUGUCGGCAUCUUACACCUCUUCAUCAAGCAUACAAGCUGCGCCCUCUCACUAAACGAGAACUGGGAUAAUGAUGUGCAGGCAGAUAUGACUGAUGCGCUUGAGCGAAUUGUACCCUAUGAUGAGGAGGGAACACUCUAUCGCCAUUCAGCGGAGGGAGAAGAUGAUAUGCCGGCACAUGUUAAGUCCGCAUUGAUUGGAGCUUCCGUUAGCAUUCCGAUUUCCAACGGGAAGUUGGCCACCGGUACUUGGCAGGGCAUUUGGUAUUUGGAGUUCAGAACUCAGACGCAUAGAAGAAAUGUUGUCGCUACCAUACAGGGACAAAAGAAAUGACUCGAUGGCGAAAUAAGGGGGAAUUUAUGAUUUAUGACGCUAUACGGAAGUUGUUGGAGGGGUUUAGAAAAAAACGCCGUGGUGUACAGUGUACGUGUCGAUAACUUUUUAUAAAACAUCGGGACAUAAGCAGAUAGUCUAGUCAACACUUUUUCAGCCUCCCCACAGAGGGAAUUCAUGAUGACGAGCUCUGGUUCCACAAACCGUGCCAGACAAUUCCACCAACUCUGUCCGAACACUAUUAGAAUUCACAGGUGGAGGUCACGAUGCAUUC